AUGUCGAAUCUUGAUACAAGUAGAUUCGUACCAGAAUAUCGUCGAAACAACUUCAAAUCUAAAAAUAUAUUUAGAAUAGAUGAAUUAAGAAGAAGACGUGAAGAACAACGGUUGGAAAUUAGGAAGCAGAUAAAGGAGGAAUCGUUAGCAAAAAGACGAAAUUUAAAUCUUCCAUUAGGGUUGGAAACUACAGAGAGCGAUGAUGAAGAAUCAGCUCUUCAUCUUGAAAAUCAGCUUAAUAAUGAAUUACCUCUGAUGAUUGCGGGUGUUUUUUCUGAUAAUAUUGAGGAACAAAUUCCUGCGACAACUAAAUUCAGGAAGCUUUUAUCAAAGGAAAGAAAUCCGCCCAUCGAAAAGGUUAUUGAAUGUGGCGUUGUUAGUCGUUUUGUAGAAUUUUUAAAAAGUCCUCAUACUUUGGUUCAGUUUGAGGCAGCAUGGGCCCUUACUAAUAUUGCUAGCGGUAGUUCUAGUCAAACUCAAGUUGUUAUUGAAGCAGGCGCAGUUCCUAUAUUUGUGGAACUCUUAUCAAGUCCUGAGGCAGAUGUUAGGGAGCAGGCAGUUUGGGCAUUGGGUAAUAUUGCAGGAGAUUCACCAGAAUGCAGGGAUUUCGUACUUCGUGCAGGAGCUUUAAAACCUUUGCUUUCUCUUUUGACUGAGUCUCGGAAACUUUCAAUGCUUCGUAAUGCCACUUGGACACUUUCUAACUUUUGUCGAGGAAAAAAUCCACAACCUGAUUGGAAUACUAUUUCGCCAGCACUGCCUGUCUUAGCUAAAUUAAUAUUUUCAUUGGAUGAUGAAGUUUUGAUUGAUUCUAGUUGGGCUAUAAGUUAUUUAAGUGACGGAUCCAAUGAUAAAAUUCAAGCAAUUAUUGACGCGGGAAUUCCUAGACGCUUAGUAGAAUUACUUAUGCAUCCUUCAACUUCUGUUCAAACACCUGCUUUAAGAUCAGUGGGAAACAUUGUUACUGGAGAUGAUAUUCAAACUCAAGUUAUAAUUAAUUGUGGUGCACUUCAGGCGUUGUUAUCUUUGCUUUCGUCUCCAAAAGAUGGAAUUAAGAAGGAAGCUUGUUGGACAAUUUCGAAUAUAACUGCUGGUAAUUGUACUCAGAUUCAAGCAGUGAUUGAUGCCAAUAUUAUUCCUCCUCUUAUUAAUUUGCUUGCUAAUGCGGACUUUAAGACUAAAAAGGAAGCAUGUUGGGCCUUAAGUAAUGCAACAUCUGGGGGGUUAUCUAGGCCCGAUCAAAUAAGAUAUCUAGUUUCUCAGGGAUGUAUAAAGCCUUUAUGUGACUUAUUGACUUGUUUGGAUAAUAAAAUUAUCCAAGUGGCUUUAGAUGGUCUUGAGAAUAUUUUAAAAAUUGGUGAACUAGAUAAAGAAAAUAAAGGAGGAUUAAAUCGGUUUGCAUUGUAUAUUGAAGAAGCAGGAGGUAUGGAGAAGAUUCAUAACCUUCAACAGAAUUCAAAUCAGGAAAUUUAUCUAAAAUCAUAUAAUAUAAUUGAAAAAUAUUUUAACGAUGAAGAUGAUAUCGAUUCUGGAUUAGCACCUCAAGUGGAAGGUCAAACAUUCAGCUUUGGAAAUAUAGCUAGUAAUGCAGAAUUUCCUGCUACACAACAAUUCGAUUUUUCUAAUAUAAAUACGAACGGAGAUACUACGAUGAGUUAA